AUGUCGUCCACUCAACUCUCCUUCUCCCUCCGUGUUUCCUCUGGUGUCAAGACCGUGCAUCUGCUCGGCUCCUGGGACAACUACGUCGGCCAGCUUCCCCUCUCCAAGGACAAGUCUUCGUCCAAGUCCGGCUCGUGGAAGGGCACCUUCAAGUUCGGCGGCUCCACUCUGUCCGCCGGCCAGCGCUACUGGUACUACUACAUCAUUGACGGCUACCACGUCGCCCACAACCCCAGCGUAGCCUCCACCGUUGAGCCCACCACUGGCCGCGAGCUGAACAUCCUCGAUCUGCCGUCCAGCGGAAAGUCGUCGAGCAAGUCGAGCUCAAAGUCCAGCAGCUCCAGCAGCUCUAAGUCGUCCUCCAAGUCCUCUUCCCACUCCUCGUCUCGCAGCUCCCGCCACUCCUCCAAGGACAAGGAGAGCAAGUCCAGCCGCCACCGCUCCUCGUCUCGCGACAUCCCCAAGGGUCGCCCCCUGUCCGUGUCCCAGAUUAAGGCCCCCAAGCCCAUGUCGCCCCACGCUACCCAGCACAUCCUCAACAGCGACUACUGCGACGACGAGACCAUCGAGGAGCUCACCGCCCGCUUCGGCGCCGCCGGCUUUGACGAGGAGGACAUCGUCACCGACUUCUCCAGCUCCCCCGUCUCAUCCACCGGCUCCAGCCUGUCCUACCGCUCCGACAGCUCCAGCCCGAGCUCCUCCUUGUCCGGCUACAGCACCCCCGGCUCCGACGUCAGCACCUGCACCUGCGAGCGCUACGGCAUCACCCGCAAGGGCGACCGCGUCAAGAUCGACUGCGGCGGCGCCCGCUGCGGCUACGACGACAGCUCCGACUGCUCCGACUCCGAGGAGGAGGAGGAGUACGUCCCCUCCACUCGCCGCCACGGCAUCGUCGUGCGAUGA